AUGGACAUCGUUAGCAUUAUUGAAAGGGUCAUUUCAUUGGGUCAGCAAGUUGCUGAGCGUUUGGAAGCGCAUAAAGAGGCUGUCGAGAGUCUCUCGAAGUUGGAAAAAAUUUUGAUAGUGCUCAAAGAUAUGUUCAAAAAAAUGACUGACGCCAAUGUUGAUAAAGCCUAUAUUAUCAAUAUCAAGGAUACUCUUGAACGAACCCAGAAGGUUUAUGUGAAGUGCGUUGGGGACCUUACCAUAAAAGAAAAUAAGUCUUUCUCUGGAAAGUUCAAGAAAGUCGUUGGAAUUUAUAAAGCCCCCAAUAUUCUAGCUGACAUCCAAAAGACCAUCAUAGACGUUGAAAGAGAUCUUAGCAUCACAGAUAAGGCUUUGAGUAUCUAUCAACGUAGUCAGACUGCAUCCACAUCAACAAUCGUUUCAACAACUACGUCAACUAUUACUUCAACAUCCUCUUCUACAAACAUCAUAAGUUCGGAAUUGAAAGAUGCCCUUGCCAAUACGAUUGAAGAAUUAGUGACAAGGCUUAAAAGCGACUGUCAGCAGCUUCAAGAAAAACUUGAACGUUGUACACUUUCCACUGAACCUUUUUUUUUUGAAGGCUUAGGAAGAGAUAAUCCCGAGGCAAUUUCAUUUUGGAAGGAACGUUUCAGAUCUGCUGAGCUCUGCAUAUCAUCUGUUGCCCCAUACGAAAAUAUGUACGUCUCAUGGGCUCGGUUUAUUCACGAACUCGAGGUAACCUUUCAGCUGAGGAACAUUCCAACUGCAACCAAGGAGAAAUACUUCGGCUCCAUAGAUGACAUACGCCGAUAUGGUAACCGAUAUUAUAUCGAUUCAACUGAAACGCGCAAUCUUAAAGACAUUCGACCGCUUUGGAUUCCAUCCUUGCGAAAAGCAUUGGAUCCGCUCCAUAAAGGCUACAUUAAACCACAUGAUUACUUAAAUUUCCUUGGUGAAGAUUCGUUAUCCAACAAGUUGAGGCAAGUCGUUCUCGAUAGCUGUGGAUACGGUAUUUUUGUGGAAUGUCAGCGAACAUCUAGUGAUAUUUCUCUUCCUAAAGAAAUAGAGAGUCCUGCCCACAGUGUUGGUUGGAUGUCUGCCUGUCAAAUCGUUUCGGUGCCAACAUCGACGGAACUUGGCAUUUUCAUAUACGAUAAGAGCUCUGAGCAACAUUUUAGCAACCUUAUUGAAAACAUCAUCUAUCCUAAAAAUGAUAUCUGGGUGUAUGUUCGCUACCUCCAAACUGGCCAAAUUGAAAAAAAACUUAUCUCAAAGAACGUACGAAUGCUUGGUGGGCUUCGUACUGGAAUCUCUAUUUCUAUCUUGGAAAACUUGGAAAAUGGUUCAAGUGCAUGGAGUGAGAACCUUUCAAUUGUGGAGCUUAAAGCUUGUGCUGGUGGUCGAUAUAUUGUGACCGCUGGAUCAGGAGACAAAGCUAUUGUGUUUAAGACAAAGCAGCAAACUGACUUUAAUGGUCGUGCUAUACAGAGUGAUCAACUCGAUGCCUUGACCGAUCUUCCAGAAUGUAAUUAUUGCAUUUUGGGACCCUCGACAGUUUUUACUCAGGAACCUAAAGUUGGUGAGAAAAUCCAGAUCCACGUGGACGGGUCAUGGUUUGAUGUCAAAGUUACCGAGGUCAAUGGUGAUUAUGUAAAGCAUGUUGCUUGGUCUCAUACUCCCCCAAACAGCCCAACAGAAGACACUGAAAAAUAUGAAGAUACUGAAAACGGUGAAGAUGAAAAAGGUGAUGAUACUAAAGAUGAUGAUUCUGAAGGUGGUAGCCUUGGCGGCUUCACAGAAGACCAAUUACUCGAACAAGAAAAAAGUCCAGAAAAACUUUGGUGUCCAUGGUCGAAAGGAAUUACGAGUUGGGAUAUCAGGCCUUAUCGCUGCCUUCACGUUGGUGAUCUUGUUGAAGCACCCGUCACAUACCCAGAUUAUCUCUUCCGUUACCAUGGCCUCGAAGAAUCGCAGCUUUAUCUCCCAGCUCGCAUUAUGGAUGUUCAGGAUGAUCAGUAUCUAAUCAAGUUCAGCCCUGCUGUCAGCGCUUACGCUUGGUGGCCUGGUCGCACUUCAAGUGACGAAUUUCCACGCGAACCAGGUUCUAAGGAGACUGUUAAGAAUCCAUUUGAUGGCAUACAGGUUAUCAUGAGUAUGGAUCGGGUUCGUCCUUACGCUGUUGAUCCAAACCCUGUUUUGGGUACGCAGUCAAUAAGACCACAUAGCUGGUCAGCGUUUCAGGGAGUCCAAUUCGCAGACUUACAACAAAUCGAUGACGAUAUUUUGUGGAAAUAA